GAUUCCUUGCGGAGCCAUCGACAACAACAGCUUCGUCUUGCUAACAACAUCGAAGCGGCGAAUAAAACAUUAUUAAUCACAUAUUUCCCAUUUCACCCCAAGAUUUACAGUCGUCGGUUUUGCUUCGAUCGAGGUUGAGCCGAUCAGAUUAGAAAUUCGCCGAAUAGCGUUGUCAAGUUCAGGCACCCCUGGAUCUCCACUUUUCCAUAUUUUAGAAUAACAUCCAUGGAUCAGGACUAUGAGCGCCGGUUACUGCGGCAGAUCAACGUCCAAAAUGACAACACCAGCCCUAUGAAAGCAAAAGAUGUGAUCUGUCACCUGACCCCGACACCUGAGUCACCAUUGUCAUCGCCAAGCAAACAUGGGGACAGAUUUAUACCAUCCCGAGCUGGGGCCAACUGGAGCAUCAAUUUCCACAGAAUAAAUGAGAAUGAAAAGUCGCCAAGCCAGAAUAAAAAAACCAAAGAUGCAACAUCAGAUAGUGGAAAAG